UGAAGCAGCAUGCAAGGAAUUCAAUGGACCACUUGGUUGAAAACAUUUCCUUCCUCUAUCUUUGCCCCCAAAGCUCUCAAAAGAGUAUUUACACAAAUACAAAGAAGCAGCGGCAGAGAAGCAACAAAAUCUCCUCUUUUCCUUCAAGCGCUCGGGAUCAAGGGAAGAAGCAGGCUAAGGGGAGUCUCAAAUGUCGAAUCUUCAGCUGAAUCUCACACAAACCGUCGGCGCUUUCUCCGCCCGAAAGAUCAGAGCUUCUUCCAAUGGAAUUCCAUUCUCCAAGCCAAAAUCAGGUCUUCUGAUACUAGAUUUGCCUCUUGAGAAGAUAAGACGGCCAUUAAUGCGUACUCGAGAAAAUGAUCAAGAGAAGGUGAAGGACCUGAUGGAGAGCAUCCGAGAGAUUGGACUUCAGGAACCUAUUGAUGUGCUUGAGGUUGAAGGAGUCUAUUAUGGUUUCUCCGGUUGCCACCGCUUCGAAGCUCACCAACGAUUGGGUCUGUCGACAAUCCGCUGCAAAAUCCGUCGCGGGACGAAGGAAACUUUAAGGCAUCAUAUGCGAUGAAUCAUGAAUAAUAUAAUGGAUUUAUAAAACUUUCACUAUAUUGCAUAACUGCAAAAGGAAUGCAUUCUCUUCUUAGAUAUGUUAAUGUGAUUGUGUAAUCUGAAUGUUAUUGAUGAGAUGUAUAUGGAGAUUGUCAUACAAUUAUCAAUCUUAAAUGGAGCUAUUUGCU